AUGCGCGUUCCUGGCGUCGCAAGGACCCUUAGCAUGCUUGCCGGUGACGGUGGCAAGAAGAAAGUAGUGUUCCUCGGGACCCCAGAAGUAGCAACAAUCGCCUUCCGAAAGAUCUUCGAGGCAUCAAAGGCAGCAGAUUCUACCUUCGAGGUCUCGGCCGUGGUCUCGAAUCCGCCAGCGAAGGCGAACAGAAAGAAGGAGCUGCAGGCGAGUAACCGCACUGUGAUGCGAUGCGAUGCGAUGCGAUGCGAUGUCUGGACCCCCACAGGGAUUAUGAAGAAGUUCGAAGACUCGGCCGAGUUUCUUGAGAAGCUGGAGAGUCUGAGCCCGGAUCUCUGCAUAACCGCAGCCUACGGUCAGUUCCUCACCAAGAAAUUCCUCACAAUCCCCAGGCUGGGCACAGUCAACAUCCAUCCUUCUCUUCUUCCCAAGUACCGUGGAGCCUCUCCCGUUCCUCGUGCGCUGGAGGAUGGAGUUGCUGGUGGGGAGGCUGAGAGUCAGCUGGGCGAUGCUGAAGUUUGUGCGGCAGUGACGGGAGUGUCCGUUCUAUUCACCCAGUUCGAGAUGGACGCGGGUCCCAUUAUCCGCCAGGAGGAGUAUCCUCUGACAGGCGACGAGAAGGCAGAUCAGCUUCUGCCCAUCCUCUUUGACCGGGGAAGUGAGCUCCUACUGUCUGCACUUCCUGGCAUCUUCGAGGGCAAGUACCAGCAGGACGGAACGGGAUGCAUCAUACAGAACGACGAGGAAGCGACGUACGCGGCUAAGAUGAACAAGGAGGAGAGCAAACUUUGGUUCACGGAAAACGCCAAGUACAUGCACAACAGGGUGCGGGCCUUUGCCGGUUGGCCGGGGACGACGAUGGAUCUUGUCAUCAACAGCGGCUGCCCGGACGAAGAGAAGAUGACGGUCAAGAUCGUUACCAGUAGGAUCCGCCGAGAGCAAGGAGGAGCGAUCCAGUUGUUCACCUCUUUGUUUCCUUCCAUCUCGAUCUCAUCCUUCUCCAACUCCAUCUGCGAUCCCUUCCUCUCUCUCCCUCCCCUCCUCAUUCGUCUCGCGCACCUUCACUUGCUCGCUAACGAGGCAGCAGGGAACGCGUUGGUGAUCACUUGCGACGACGGGAGUCAGUUGGAUGCGAUUGAAGUUCAGCCACCGGGCAAGAAGCCGAUGGACGCCAAGUCCUUCUGGAACGGCAUGAGAGGCCGCAGCGUGGAAAGGGCGAGGGUGCCAUGGUCGACUGGGAAGGUUCCUACCUAG